AUUCCUCAGAGGGUGUGACCUCACAGCCUUCGGUGAUGACUGAGCAUGCUCCGUCAUCUGCGGUGACUGUCAGCUCCUCCACCAGCAUCCCCGCUGCUACCUCCACCCUGAUUCCUCCCUCAUCUUCGACGUCCUCAUCCUCCGCGUCCACAGCCAUUCCCCAGCCGAACAGCAACAGCAAGCCGUGGAGGAGCAAGUCAAUGAGCUCCAAGCACUCGUCCUCCUCCUCUCUGUCGUCCACCAGUGCCCCUACAUCUGCCAUGCAGUCCGUCAAGCAGGAGAAAGACACCUCCUGCAAAACUGCUGCAGCAAUUGAAGCUCCUCCAAAGGUCGUCGCUCAGAAGUCAAUGCUGGAGAAGCUCAAGCUCUUCAACAGUAAAGGAGGCUCCAAAUCUUCCACCUCCUCCAAUGGAGUAGGGGCACAGACUGAUAAUUCUGCCCCAGCCAGACAGCUCGGAGUGGGGCAGGUGGAGAGAGUGGAGACUGGCUCCAACACCGACGUCCUGGGAGAAGAUGACGGUAACGUCAGACCGGGAAUGAACGGAACCAGCAAUGGUACAGCUCCUGGAACAGGAACAACUGUCUCCACAACUGCCAGCAGCCCCAAAAUCGCCCUGAGGGGUAUUGCCCAGCGCACUUUUAGCAGAGCUUUGACUGCCAAGAAGAGCUCUGCCAAAGGCCCAGAGAAAGAAAAGGACAAGGAGAGGGGGAAGGAGAAAGAGAAGGAGAAGGACAGAGGGAAGGAGGUGGGGAAACGCGUCUCUGUCCCCGACAGGACAGAGCUCAGGGGAGAGGAGACGAAGGAGGAAGUAUCGCCCGUCACUGCAGACACAGACAGCUCGAAUAAAAGGACCUCUAAGAUUGCCAGCUUCAUUCCCAAAGGGGGUAAAUUGUCAAAAAAGGAGAGUUCCACCCCUGCACACAGCGGAAUACCAAAGCCAGGAGGCAAAGCCCCAGGAGUCGGGGGGAAGGCCUCUUCAGUAAAGGAGGCAGGAGAGAGGCCUCGGAGCAUGCGGUUAGGAGGGGGUCUGGCCAUGCACCGGGGCCCCCUGGAAAGGGACAGGGACAGGGACAGCAGACACUCCAGCUCUACCUCCAGCCUGGCCUCAACCGAGGGCAAGAGCAGCGCUGCCCCUGUGGCAGGAGGAGGCACGACACAGAGCACAGCCAGCAACACGGUCAGCGUGCAGCUACCUCAGACUCAACAGCACCACAGCCACCCCAACAUGGCCACCGUCGCACCUUUCAUGUACAGAUCCCAAACAGACGACGAGGGAACCGCCAACACCGAGGGCGGCUCAGGAGGGAGAGGUGGAGACGUUUCCUUCACAAAGACCAGCCAGCCCUCCAUCGAGGACCUUUCAGGUGAAGAUCCGGAGACGAGGCGGCUGAGAACGGUCAAAAACAUUGCAGACCUGCGGCAAAACCUGGAGGAGACCAUGUCCAGCCUGCGAGGAACUCAGGUCACACACAGCACCUUGGAAACCACCUUUGAUGGCAGCGUCACCACAGACAUCAGCAGCGGCGGCGGAAGCUGCGGUGGCAGCAACAACAGCGCCGGUGGUCGCAGCAUCCUCAGCCUCACCUCUACCCGCCCCUCCCUGUCGUCAUGGCGACUGGGCCAGUCCAGCCCUCGUCUGCAGGCGGGCGAUGCCCCCUCUCUGGGGAAUGGCUAUGGUGGGCGGGUGGCUAGUAGCAGCAGCAGCAGCCAGGGAGGACGCUACCUGUACCCCGGGCACCUCCGGCGGCAGCUGGCCGGCAGAGGAGGAGCCAUUUGCAGCGUGGAGCUCGGAGACAGAGCCGGGGAGGACAUGGACCUGGACAGCAUCGCCAUGGAGGUCACCGGGUACAUGAGCGAUGGAGACGUGCUGAGCAAGAACGCUGCACGCACCGAUGAUGUCACCAGCGGCACUCGCACUGAUUCAGCAGCCCUGAGGCGGCUGUACGAGUCAGGGGAGCUAAGUGUUCUUGAAGCACUCAAAGGGUCUGACUCUAAGGCAGAGCCACAGACACACCUGGACAG